AUGGGAGUACAUAUUCUGAUUAUUGGGGCUACAGGUGCAUCCGGCUUAGAAUUCUGUAAUGCUGCUUUGGCGCAAGGUCAUACUUUGACUAUCUACGCCCGCAAUCCAGAUAAACUUCCCGACGAAUUCGUCAAAAAAUCCGGUGUCAUCAUUUGGAGGGGACGUUUGGAUGAGAUCUCUACUUUCCGCCGUGCUGCAUCAUCCGGCCCAACAAUCUUUCUCUCGCUCGCUGGACCGACAGGCCGAACUGGUAAUCAAGGAACGACUGCCGUCGGCCUCGCACUGUUAGCCUUUCAGGUAGUCGCCCACGACGCCGCAUCAGAAGCUGCUGCACGCAACGCUUAUUUCAGCGUUGCCAAGAGAACGUCACUCAGCCACUGCGAAGACAAUCUGCGCGUGCGCGGCAUUGAGGCGGCCAACAUUGCUCGCCGCCAGGCGGUUGUCCACCAUGCCCGCCAGAAGCGUGGUCUCGCCACGCGCGAUAUGACGACGGUCCUCGACMCCAGCCACAACGAGACAGACAAACACUACACGCCGCACACUGAUCCGGACAUCUUGUUCUCAGACUACAAGUCCUAUAUCCUUAGUCCUAACGUACCCGUGGGACCAUACUACGUUGCCGGCGAGUACAUCCGCAAAAACCUAGUCGAAAGGCAGGAAGGCCUCCCUUUUCUCCUCGAUUUCCAGGUCGUUGAUGUUGACACCUGCGAGCCCGUGCCUGGUGUCUUUCUUGACAUAUGGCAUGCCAACUCGACGGGCGUCUACGGCGGCAUUAUAGCCGAGGGUAACGGCGACGGCAACGACACGGCCAACAUCAACUACACCUUCCUGCGCGGCAUCCAGCAGACCAAUAGCGAAGGCGUCGCGCAAUUUGAGACCAUCUUCCCCGGCCACUAUACCUCACGACCGACGCACAUCCACAUCAUAGUGCAUACCAACACCACCGUGCUGCCCAAUAACACCAUGGGAUUCGACACCUACGCGAGCUCUAUCGGUCAAGUGUUUUUCGACCAAGAUCUGAUAUUCGCGGUUGACAAGCUCUAUCCGUACAGCACCAAUACGCAGGUCAUCACACUCAACGCUGACGACAAGAUCAUCUUGCCAGUAGCUACAGAGAAAGAUGGCCUCGACCCGAUGGUGGAGUACACGAUGCUGGGAGACAAGCUUGAGGAUGGGUUGUUUGGUUGGCUUGCGUUUGGUGUCAACAUGACCUGGACGUGGGAGGCCACUCCGGCGUCAUUCCUUACGGACCACGGUGGUGUCCAGAACCCAAAUUUUAAUGGGAGCGUUGACAGUCCUCCAGGCUUCAGCAUUCUUUCUUCAAGCUCUGUCGCGGCUACCAGCACCGUUGCCUAA